AUGGAGGAGCUACCAGAUCCCACCACUGACCUGGAUUGGUCUGGUUACGUCGGGUCAAUCCAAUCGCAUUUCGCGGAGAAUGCAAGAAAAUAUCCAGACCGAAUAUGUGUGGUAGAAACGAAGUCGUCUGAAUCUCCGGAGAGGAGAUUCACAUACAGACAGAUCUACGAGGCAUCAAACACUCUCGCACAUUACCUUCAUGAUGCGGGAGUUACCAAUGGGGAUGUUGUGAUGGUCUGGGCACACCGGUCUGUUGACUUAGUUGUCAGCAUUAUGGGGACUUUGAUGUCUGCUGCAACUAUGAGCAUCCUCGAUCCUGCCUACCCACCAGCCAGGCAACAAAUAUAUCUAGAAGUCUCUCAGCCUUGCGCAUUGGUUAAUAUUGCAAGAGCAACGGACGAGGCUGGCCCUCUGGCGCCAACGGUACGAAAAUAUAUCGAUGAGGAGCUUAAGCUGAAGGCUGAAGUCCCGUCAUUGCGUAUUCAUAGCAAUGGGUUCUUGUCCGGGGGUGAGAUUGAAGGCCAGGACAUUUUUGGCCACGUCAGAUCGAAGGCGUCUUCUUCUCCAGAUUCGCUCGUAGGUCCUGACAGUAAUCCCACUCUCUCGUUCACCUCUGGCAGUGAAGGAAGACCUAAGGGUGUUCUGGGCCGUCAUUACAGUUUAGCCAAAUACUUUGGCUGGAUGGCUGAGAGGUUUGAGCUUACUUCAGAGAGUCGAUUUACUCUCCUGUCUGGAAUUGCGCAUGAUCCCGUCCAAAGAGAUAUUUUUACUCCUCUCUUUCUUGGCGCGCAAUUGUUGGUUCCCUCGAAGGAGGAUAUCCAACAUGAGAAGCUUGCAGAAUGGAUGGCUGAACACAAGCCUACAGUUACUCAUUUAACACCGGCAAUGGGUCAGAUUCUCGUUGGAGGCGCGUCGGCAAAAUUUCCAUCCUUAGACAGAGCCUUUUUCGUUGGCGACGUUUUGACUACGAGAGACUGUCGGAGUUUGAGGGAUCUUGCCGUCAACGUCAACAUAGUCAACAUGUAUGGGACCACAGAGACGCAGCGCGCAGUAAGUUACUAUGAAAUACCGAGCCGGGUGAAGGACCCUAAUUACUUGGACAAACUCAAGGAUACCGUACCAGCUGGCAAGGGUAUGAAGGAUGUUCAACUCCUGGUUGUCAAUCGUGAUGAUCGAGCCAAGCUAUGUAAGAUUGGAGAAGUAGGAGAGAUCUAUGUCCGCGCCGCCGGCCUUGCUGAGGGUUACAAAGGGGAUCAAGCUUUGAACGACCAAAAAUUCCUUAUGAACUGGUUCGUGGACAAUGAGAAAUGGGUCGAAGCUGACAAGAAGGACGACAAAAACGAGCCGUGGAGGAAGUACUACCUUGGCCCAAGGGAUAGACUUUACCGGACUGGUGACCUCGGUAAAUACCUAGAAACGGGGGAUGUGGAGUGCACCGGUCGUGCUGAUGACCAGGUCAAGAUCCGCGGUUUCCGAAUCGAGCUUAAUGAUAUCGACAAUAAUUUGCGCCAACACCCGUUGAUUAGAGACUGCAAAACUCUUGUCCGGAGAGAUCGAGACGAGGAGCCCACACUUGCGAGUUACAUUGUCCCUGAACUAAAACAGUGGCCACAAUGGUUGAAAGAUCGAGGCAUCGAGGAUAUUGAGGACGAAGGAACUGAUAUUGGCCCUGUGGUUAUCUAUACGAAACGGUUCAGACGAAUGCAAACGGAGGUACGGGAUCAUUUGAAAGAUCGCUUACCUGGCUACGCUGUUCCGACGAUUUUCAUAGUCCUUAAUAAGCUGCCACUUAAUCCUAAUGGGAAAGUCGACAAGCAGAAACUCCCGUUCCCUGACAUUGCAGAACAGUCUGUGCCAGCUUCUUCAGAAGACUUGAGGAGAUGGGAGUCAAUGUCUGAGACGGAACGGGCUGUUGCAACCAAGUGGGCCAAUCUCAUUCGCGGCGUGAACGCAAAAACUAUUACCCUACAGAAUGACUUCUUCGAUCUUGGAGGCCACAGCAUAUUGGCUCAGCAGAUGCUACUGACUGUCCGCAAAGAAAUGGGAGCGAAUAUCUCAAUAAAUACACUCUACGAGUACCCAAGCCUAGGUGGAUUUAGUGCUCAAGUUGACAAACAACUUAACAUAAAGAACAGCAUGGUCAAAGCUGGUGCCGCUGCGGAGGAGGAGAAAGAUUCCAUCUAUUCCAAGUCUCUGGAAGACCUCCUCAAGCAGCUGCCAGCUACUUAUCAAACAGCGGACGCAGAUGCUAUCCGCAAAUCCCAUCAGCCUACAGUCUUUCUUACUGGUGCAACUGGCUUUUUAGGCACUUACAUUAUCAAGGACAUACUGGAGAGAACCAGCCGUAUUAUAAAGCUGAUUGUCCACGUGAGGAGUGUCAAGGACUCCCGAGCUGCACUUGAUCGGCUACGAAGAUCCUUACAGGGCUAUGGCUUAUGGCAAGCGGAGUGGGCGGGCCGAUUAAGCUUCGUUGUCGGAGAUUUAUCGAAACCACAACUUGGCAUUGACCAGCAAAAUUGGCAGGCCUUGGCCAAGGAAGUCGAUCUGGUUAUUCACAAUGGCGCGGCGGUCCACUGGGUUAGACCGUACAAUGAUCUGGUGGCGUCAAAUGUCCUUUCGACGCUCGACGCGAUGAGGCUUUGCAAUGAAGGGAAACCAAAAAUGUUCACAUUUGUUAGCUCCACAAGUGUACUCGACACAGGUCACUAUGUUAAACUCUCAGAUCAGCACCUUAGUACAGGUCGAGAUGCAAUUUCAGAAGAUGAUGACAUGGAGGGCAGUCGAACUGGUCUGGGAACUGGCUACGGGCAAACAAAAUGGGUAUCUGAACAACUCGUCCGUGCAGCGGGAAAGAGGGGCCUCCUAGGCUCUGUAGUUCGACCAGGGUACAUUCUCGGCGACGUAGAGACAGGCGUUUGUAAUACUGAUGACUUCUUGAUCCGUAUGUUGAAGGGCUGCAUUCAAUUAUCUAGUCGGCCACGUAUCAUCAACACCGUCAACUCUGUCCCGGUAAAGCAUGUUGCUCGUGUGGUUGUGGCUGCCGCUCUCAAUCCCAUCCCAGGUGGCGUGCAUGUCGUGCAUGUCACUGGUCACCCACGACUACGUAUGAAUGAAUACCUCUCCCUUCUCGAAUACUAUGGCUACAAAGUUCCCGAGGUCGAUUAUGACAUUUGGAAGGACGAGCUAGAAAAAUACAUCUCAGCCGGCGGCGUAGAGAAGGAUCAUGAACAACACGCCCUAAUGCCGCUCUACCAUUUCUGUGUCAACGAUCUCCCUGCUACAACUCGAGCUCCAGAACUUGAUGACAGAAAUGCUGUCAAAAUUCUGAAAGCAGAUGCUGAAAAUUGGACUGAUGUAGAUGAAAGUGCUGGGUAUGGUAUCACUAGGGAAGAUGUUGGCAGGUACUUGAGCUACUUAUCAGAGAUCGGGUUUGUGAGCCGGCCGUCAUCUAAAGGCCGGCCGUUGCCUAAAGUCAGUGUCAGUCCAACGCAGCUGGAAGCGUUGGGAGCAGUAGGAGGCCGUGGUGGUAUACCCAAAUGA